GGCAGCUCAUUGGCGUUUCAGCUUCGGAGGCGAACGGUCGUGGUUGUUAGCUCGAACGACGCAGUGUGGAAACUUGUGUUCGUUAGUCACUCGCCUCGUGGGUGGCAAACAGUGUUGUGGUGUUGCGUUGUUGAUUGCAAGUGAACGGUAUUAUUUCGAAAUCAGCGCGAUCCUACAAGUGUUUCGCCGUCAGAAUGCAACGGUUGAUUGUUUGAAGCAGAAAACAUUUUGUGCAAGCGGAAAUGAAAAACGCACAUACAUACUUACAUAUUUGCCAACAUCUACGCCUUGUUCCCCAAUUAUACUGGCAGCGCGUUCUGAACUUAUGCUCAAAGUAAUGCUUAAAUAUUUUUAUUAUGUAAUGAAAGUGUGUGUACUUGAAAGUUCAUUAGCGUUGGCGCCAUUUAAAAAAAUCCACAAAGAGUGAAUUAUUAUAAUUAUUUGCUUAUAGAUAAUGGAAAUUAAAGUCUAAAUAUACAAAUAUACAUAUGUGUUUGUAUCUGUGUAUGUACACUUGUAUACAUAAUUAUACAUUUAAAGUACUUAAAAAGUGAAAUGCCGCAUGAUAAAUGUGUGUGUGUGCAGAUCUGUGCGGAAGCCAUUGUUCCACAGAUUGGAUAAUUAAUUAAGUGUUUUAUAAGUAUUUGUUUGCAAACAGUUUGGAAAAGUGUUAAUUAGAAGACAAGUUUGUUUAGCUGUAGAAGGUACGUCCGGGUGUAGGCGAAAAUUCAAUGCUCUGGCAAUUUGCAGGAUGAGGAAAUAUUCUAAGAGUUUGGUAAAAUUUUCUAGUGAAGAUCUUCACCGAUUUCAUCUAUUGGUAGUCGAAAAAGUCUUUUAGAUUUCGUCGUAUAUCUCCAGUGCUACCAAACACAUUGUGUCAAACCAUAUAGUUUUGGCAAGAUCGAGAAUUGAAUAACUAAAUUAACAUUCGUCGAAGAAUAAUUUGAAAUGAAAAUGUUACCGGUGUCAGAAUGGCUAAAGCGCUAUUACAAUGCCAUGAAGGAUAAUCCAAAUAAAGCACACUUUAUUUCAAAGAGAAUUCCGCACAGGGGCAGAUGCGACUAAAAUAAAACCAACAACAAGCCACGUGAAAAAUUAGAUGAUGAUUCCAAACAAAGAGGCAUCGGCAUAAUGAGACGCGCCUCCAAGCAUCAUCCUAAAGCGAGAACAUCGAGUGCCUGUUGGCGUCGCCGGCGGCGCUUCAACAAGCCGUUUUUGCAAAUGCGUAUAUAUCCGUUAUUUCGCCUGUUGCCGGUAUUAUGGCUGCUACUAUGCUAUUGUUGUUGUUGCUGCCAUUGCGCACAUAGACGACAGAUCGAGGAGCAAAGCGCACAGCUAAAUAACUGCUACGACAUGCAAUAUGGCUUCGAUAGGGCAUUGAUCGGCAUCGCACCAGAGCUAUUAUUACCUAGUGCCAAUAGUUCGAAUAGCGACAAUGGAAAGGAAGUCACCACUGCAAACAACAGCACUGCGGUAAGUGAUCUGUGGACACAACACCCACUACAUGAUGGUUCUGAUAGGAGCACACAAGGUUACCGACCAGUGCCGGCCACGCACACGGGAUGGCAAUGUUGCUGCUGGAAUGCCACAAAUCAAGAUGAAAUCGAGUGCCACUGCGUGGGUGAGGCGCUGAUGCGUGUGCCACAAACACUGACAGUACCGGUGCAAAGGCUUAGCAUCGCAUCGGCGGGUUUGCCGCGCGUUCGUACAACUGGCCUAAAGAAGUAUGCAGCCUCGUUGCAGGAUUUUAUACUGAAGGACUUGCAGCAUCUGGAGUGCAUCGAGGAUGGCGCAUUUGAUGGCCUUAAGCUGCUGCGAACUAUCUAUAUUUCAAAUGCACCAAAGUUGAUGAUUCUAUCACAGGAUGUCUUUCGUGGCAUUUCGGAAACUAUUAAAAUAAUACGUAUUAUUAACAGUGGUCUAAUAAGGGUGCCCGAUUUGCGGCACAUUCCACCGGCAAACAUUUUACAAAUGAUUGAUCUCGACAACAAUGAAAUCACUCGAAUCGAUAAGAAUUCCAUCAAUGUUAAGACUGAUCAACUAAUUUUAGCAAAUAACGAGAUAAGUUAUAUCGACGAUUCUGCAUUUAAUGGCUCCCAGAUCGCGAAACUAACUUUACGACAAAACCGAGUUUUGAAGGACGUCCAUCCAAAUGCUUUCAAUGGGAUUAGCAUACAUGUAUUAGACCUAUCUGGCACUUCGUUGGUGAGUUUACCUCCGGCGGGCUUGCAGGACAUUGAGGAAUUGCGCAUUGAAGAUGUACAAACACUCAAAACUAUUCCAUCCAUAUAUAAUUUUAAGAAUUUACAAAGAGCAUUUUUGACACAUUCCUUCCACUGCUGUGCAUUCAUAUUCCCCUCGCGCCAUGAUCCCCAACGACAUGCUGAAAGAAUGAAAGAAAUUGAAAAGUGGCAGCAGCGCUGCAAAAAGAAUGACAAUGAUAAUGACAGCGGGGAUUUUUUGGAGAUGACCACUGGAAGUGGAAUCAGUGACAGCUUAGAUAAGAUGAGAGCAAAAGAGACUGAAAAUGAUUACGAUGGUCGUAUUUGGGGCGCCAAUGGUGGUGGCAUGAGUCCACCUUAUGGUGGAGGAGUUUUCUACAGCAGUUUAGCCCGAACCGAUUUGGUUGUAAACAAUGAAGAGAACGAAGCCGAAACAGAGGUGAAUGACUACUUCGCGGAAGAAUUUGGUACAUUUCACUCGGUAAUCACUAUAAACCCUGAUGUCAUUCAAACCGACGAGUAUUGCGGAAAUUUUACAUUUAGAAAACACGUAGUGGAGUGUUACCCCAUGGCAAACGCCCUCAACCCCUGCGAAGAUGUUAUGGGCUAUCAAUGGUUGCGUAUCUCUGUAUGGAUUGUUGUAACCCUUGCUGUGGUGGGCAAUGUGGCUGUGUUGGUUGUAUUUAUUUCCAUUAGGUCAGAGAAUCCAUCAGUGCCGCGAUUCCUAAUGGGUCACUUGGCUUUUGCGGAUUUAUGCUUGGGGUUGUAUUUGCUGCUGAUAGCCGCAAUCGAUGCGCAUUCCAUGGGCGCCUAUUUUAAUUACGCCUACGACUGGCAAUAUGGGGCCGGAUGUAAGGCCGCUGGCUUCCUAACGGUUUUUGCCAGUCAUUUGUCGGUCUUCACCCUGACGGUCAUUACCAUCGAACGUUGGAUGGCAAUUACGCAAGCGAUGCACUUGAAUAAACGCAUUAAGCUCCGAGCUGCCUGCUAUAUUAUGGCCGCCGGCUGGGUAUAUUCUGUUGUGAUGUCAUUGUUGCCACUCUUCGGUAUCAGCAACUACUCGUCGACGAGUAUUUGUUUACCGAUGGAGAUAAGUGACUCUUAUGACACAGCUUUUCUGGUGGUCAUUUUGGGUUCAAAUGGCAUGGCAUUCACCAUUAUAACGAUUUGUUAUGCCCAAAUGUACAGAUCACUCGGCAAAGAGACACGUCAUGCCCACAGCACACAUCGAGGAGAAAUGACUGUAGCCAAGAAAAUGGCUUUACUGGUCUUCACCAACUUCUCCUGUUGGGCUCCUAUAGCCUUCUUCGGUUUGACCGCGCUUGCGGGUUAUCCAUUGAUAAAUGUGACAAAGUCAAAAAUUCUAUUGGUCUUCUUCUACCCUCUGAACUCUUGCGCCGAUCCGUAUUUAUACGCGUUGCUCACCUCUCAAUACCGCGCGGAUUUAUACGCGCUGCUCUCCAGAAUCUUUCCUUCCAGAUUUGGGAUUUGCAAGAAGAGUGCGAUGAAGUAUAAGAACAGCAUAUCGGCUCCAUAUACCACCACGAAUGUCACGGUGCAGGGCUCCUCUCGUCAGCAUCGGAGUUCGUCGUCGUCCAGCCGGCAAGCCGAGUUGCAAUUAAUGCUGAAAAAUCAUGAAGAGUUUGUGUAACUCUGUAUCCCUUAGAUAAUACACAUACAAAUAUAAUCGUACUUAUGGACAAUCUUACUAAGUAAACGAAAUUAAUGAAUGAACUCGCUUGGAAUCCGGGUGAGACUGUGGUGUGUUAGUAAAUAUGUAUUUUUUUUGUUCAUUUGCAAGAAACCGAAGUAUGAGUUACAUAAUAGCUAGCAAUGUUAUUUGUGUGGAUGUGAGCUUUAUAACUAGAAACUUCAAUUGUGUUAUUGAAGAAUGUGCCAAUCAGAGUAAAAAAUGAAACAAUCAACCAAACAUACAGACACAUACAACUCUGCAAGCUUUAAUCCUCGUUAUCUAAUAAGACAAUGGGACUUGGAAACAAAUAGCGCUCCAGCAUGCAAACGCAACCAGCUGAGGCUUACCAGAGUUUCAUAACCAAUAAAUAUUCAAAGAUUUUGACUGCAAAUAUUUUAUGAAGAUGUGAUUGUGUACACUUGUUGUUGUAAUUGACUUUACUAGAAACUUAAGUAAAUUAUUGCUGAAUUCGCAUAUGUACUUGUACAUAAAUAUAUACAUGGAUGGGAGUAUUGACAAGAGAACAAGGACCCAGCAGCAAAUCGAACUAGUUAUAAAUUAUCUUACAUUUACACUUUCUGAUAUUAAGUUUGCCACGAAGCUUGUAACACCGGGAAGAUAACAUUGGAAACCCUAUAAAAUAUAUGUAUAUGUAAAUGAUCAGUAUGUUGAGCUGAGUCGAUUUAAAAAUCAAGUUGUCGUAAGAUCUGCUGUUAUAUGUCAGACGCGGACAGACUUCAAAAAAGACCAAUAAAGCUACUUGAAUCAAACAGUCACAGUAAAAAAAUGUGAGUGUCACAAGUGAAAUGUCUCGGGCUGUUUGAUCGAAAUAACGGCACCAAAAUAUCGUAAUUUAUAUUUCAAUCAGUCUGGUUUGACAUAAAUUGUUGAGUAUUUGGAAAGAUGAUUGAUUCAAAGAGUUUGCAUACCAAUAUUAUGAUAUGUAAGGGGUUACAUGGGUUUCCUCGGGUAAAAAACAGACUUUUUUUAUACCCUGAACUGGGUAUAUUAAGUUUGUCAUGAAGUUUGUAACACCCAGAAGGAAGCGUCGGAGACUAUAUAUAUAAAUGAUCAGUAUGUCGAGCCUGGCCGUCUGUCAUCGAAGAAAUUGUUCAGAUCGGCUUACUAUAGCAUAUAGCUGCCAUACAAACUGAACGAUCGGAGUCAAGGGUUUAUAUGGAAAACUUUCGCAUUUGACGUGGUAUCUCCGAAAAAAUUAUUCAGAUCGGGUUACUAUAGCAUAUAGCUUCCAUAUAAAGUGAACACAUAGUUACUAAAAGAAAUGCACCUUUGAAGGGUAUAUUAUCUUUGGUGCAGCCGAAGUUAACAUUCUUUCUUGUUUCAACAAUUUUUUCUCUUAUAAAAAUGAAAAAUUUUAUUAUUGUUUUUUUACAUAAAUACAAUAUUAAAUUUUGAAAUUUUUUGCUUUUGCUACCAAGUUGGGGAUAUCAUAUAGGAAAUGCAGCGAAUGUCGGGUGAAAAUAGAAAUUCGCAAAACUAAGUGAUUUCCUUGAAGAAUUUCCUUGUCUUAUUGAACUGUUUAAAGAUAAAAACCAGAAAGCGAAAAAUUUUCCGAUUCACCUAAGUUAUAAUUCCGCUUUUGCCAACAAAUAGUUUAUUGACUAUUUUUUAUUGCAAAUGGGUGGUGAAUGAAAUGCAUUUUGGUGUGCUUGAUAAGUCGAACACUUCUCUGAAACAUUGAACGCUGAGUCUUUGGAAUAAAUAUACAUAUACCAUAUUACAAAUAUUUACAUCAUAUAAUUGUAUUAUAGUUAGCUAUUAAGACAAUUUAAAGUGCUGCUGAAUGUAGAUAUCAAAAAAAUGUACAUGCAUUUCGGAGAUUUUGUAUUUAUAAUCAAAUCGUAUUUUUGUACCUACAUACAUAGAUAGUCACUACUCCAAUUACUUAGUUACCACUCGUCGACAUUUAGGGAAGCAUACAAUUUUCGCAAAAACUCAAUAAAUGCAGAAUUUAUCCCGAAUAGUUUUGAGAAACCCGUUUAGUCGUAUUCGAAAUGACUUCCAGUUCUCCAUACCUCCCCAAAUUCGUCACGUUACUAAGAGUAUUUUCUAUAAACUUACACUGAAUUCUGCAUUGAGUAAGCAUUUGUAUAAUUUUACUAACAGAUUAAGUUCGAAGUCUAACGAAAAAUACGUACAUACAUAGAUAUAUUUUUAAAUAGUAAAUAAUGUCUAUAUAUUUAAAAAAAAACUGGCAAGUAAAUCUUCAUAAAACGGUACUUAAGUUUAGUUAUGCAUGUAAUCAUGUAAUUAUAUUUUGUUCUGAAAUCGUUAUAUUUACACUUCGUACGAUAUCUUGUGAUACCUGAGUUAGUUGAAAUAUUUGAAAAAGAAAUUAUUUAUAAGCUAAAUUAAAAUAUAAUAAAUAUCACAUUUCUUUACAUUUAACCAACUUUAUAAGCAACUUUUCCCUUUAUUGUCACAAAUCGUGGAGCUUUUAAUAACUUUUAUUAAGCUCUUUGCUUGAACUUGACAGUUCAAUGCUCUAUACAUA